AUGCCUCGUGACGGUUCAGGAGCGGGAGACAACGCGGUCGAGCAAGGCCAGGACCUCGUCCACGGUGCUGGAGAGAACGAUGCCCCCUCUUCAUCCGGGGUAGACCGUUCGUCAAAAGCCGCACCACCUCCAGAAGUCGAAAAGGGCGACUCACUUGAAGGCUUGAACGCCUCAGGCGGAGGAAGCUCGGCAAUUGGGCAGGGCAGUGGGAAGGGAGAGAAGGACGUCACGGUCGACAAGAUUGCGGAGGAGGCUGGCAAGAAGUGA